AGAAAUCGGGGGCGUGUACAGAGCUACAAGACGUUUGUGUCAUGUGGAAAUCUCUUCCUACUGCUACGUAAGACCACGCUGACGACUUCGUUACCUAAAGUAGACAUCUCUGGCACUGCACACUGUCACUGCCUGCGACGGUGAUGGCCGAGUCACUUCCAGUGGGAAGCAGAGGCAGUCUCUCUGGAGACUUAGGAGCGCUGCUGGAGUCCAGGGAGGCUGCUGACGUCACGCUGGAGGUAUCUGGGUCCAGGAUGUCGGCUCACAAGGCCAUCCUUGCAGCCCGUAGUCCCGUGCUCAGAGCCGAGCUACGGGAUGUCACAACGGAUAGCGGCAGCCUCACCAUACGGAUCUCCGACAUGAAGGAGGAAGUCUUGAGGCAGGUGCUCUGCUUUAUGUACACAGACCAGGCGCCACGCCUCCGUACUUACGUGGUUCAUCUCCUAGUGGCAGCAGACAGGUAUAACAUUCCACUCCUCAAAGAACUGUGUGAAGACACGUUGGCGAAGAUCAUCACGACAGCCAACGCUUCAACAAUAGCGGUCAUUGCGGUGAAGCGCUCUUGCGCCAAACUGAAGGAGGUCAUCAUCAACUUCAUGAGGGCUCACAAUGAAGUGUUGGCCACGAGUGGCUGGGAGGAUGCGAUCGUGAGGCACCCCAGAGCAGUAGCAGAGAUCUGUCGCCUCCUGGUAGCCAAACCGUCAAAAAAGGGUACAGAACAGUCACCACCGCCAGACGUGGAGCAACGGAGAGGGUGCCUGGAAGAGGACCUGUUGGCGCUGCUGGAGUCUGGGGAGGCUGCCGACGUGAUGCUGAGGGUUGGCAGACGAGGCGGCCGGCUGGCGGUGCACCGGGCGCUGCUGGUGGCUCGCUGCCCCGCGCUCGCCGCCGUAGCGCGCGUAAAGGGCGUGCGGCCCGCCGUCUUCGCGGAAGUCAUGCGCUUCGUCUACACGGGGAAGGCGGCGCUGGAGCCGGACUCAGCAGGGGAGGUGCUCGCUGCAGCUGAGAGGUUUUCCCUGCCAGAGCUUGCAGAUCGGUGCGAGCAGCUACUGAUGGAGGGCCUGAGUAUAGAAACGGCUGCAGCAACGGCCGUUGUGGCUGUCGCAAAUUCCCGGCCAGCCCUCACUAGUGCGGCUGUGGAGUUAAUCAGCAGACACGCCCCACAAGUUAUGGGGACGGAUGGCUGGAGGGCGGCCCUGCGGGACCACACAGAGGUUGCUGUGCGGAUCUGCAGCCUCGUCUCUGCUGCUGCUGCUGCUCCUGCUCCUGCGGCAGUCUCUCCGGAUAUAAGCACCAAGCCAGCAGAGGAUCUGAAUUGGAGGCUUCUGCAGGCAGCUAAGGAUGGAGCAGUGGAGGAACUGCGGGUGCUGCUCGCUGUUGGGGCAGAUGUUGAGACAAGGGACGAGUAUAGGAAGACAGCCCUCCACUGGGCAGCAGAGAGGGGGUAUGGGAAGGCAGUCGACUGUCUACUGAGCAAUGGGGCAGAAGUGAACACCAGGGACAGGUGGCAGCUUACACCGCUGCACAGGGCAGCAGAGAGGGGGCACCAGGAUGUGGUAACUGUGCUGCUGGAAGCAGGAGCAGACAAGUCGGCCAUGGACAACAGGGGAAGAACACCUCUGUACAUCGCCAAAGUGAUUAACAGGUGGCAAGUGAUGGACAUUCUGAGGUGA